AUGAUACCAUCCUACCUCAACCCGAUUCCGUCUCUGCCCAAGCCUCUGGGACCGCACAAGGUCGGGACGACAGAGCUCGAGAUUCCAGUAUCGGAAAUCCCGUCGUCAUCACCAGUGCCCGAUCAGAGAGUUGCCACCGUCAAAUUCCGAGUUUUCUAUCCUGCCACAGAAUCAGCGACCUUGAAGAAAUCCUCAGUGCCCUGGUUGCCGCGGCCACAGCGAACCUGGCAGCAAGCGUACGCCAGCUUUCUAGGGGCCAAUCCACGCGUCUCGUCCUUCUUCUCCUAUCUACCAUUCACCAUCAACUACACUACUCUCCCAGCACUGGCCGAUGCGCCGCUGUUAUCCAGGGAUUCGCCCACCCUGUUCCCUAUGGCCAUCUUCUCCCACGGCCUGGGUGGCAAUUUCAACACUUACAGCUCAAUAUGUACGUCCCUGGCUAGCUUUGGCGUAGUAUGUGUCGCUCCAGAACACCGAGAUGGAAGUGCGCCAACGUCUCUCAUACGAUCUGCGGACGGUUCGACCACUGCGAUCCCGUACCAGAAGCUCGCUCAUAGCCCGACGGCCGAAGUCUUGAAUGCGCGCAAUGCACAGCUCCGAAUCCGCUUGUGGGAGCUUGAGCUUCUCUUCACCGCACUGACGGGGCUGAAUGAAGGCAAAGAAUUCACAAACUACGCUAGCUCAGACACCACCGUGCCCGAGGAGAUGCCUUCCUUUGAGAACAAACUCAAUCUCCGACCUGGCCAAGUAAGCUGGGUUGGCCACUCUUUCGGCGCCGCAACGAUCGUCCAGUUCAUCAAGUCAGUCUACUACCAUGAAUCGCUUCCCUCGCUGAAAGGCACACCGUACGAGAACGACAUGGACUGGCGACCUUUGUACAAGCCGGCGGCCAACCAUGACCUCGUGCGGCAAAUAACACCGUCCUCACCAGUUGGACUGCUCGACUUAUGGACGAUGCCUCUACGUGGAGAAGUGACGCAGUGGUUGUGGGAAAGACCGCUCCCCUGUUACGACCGCAAAGCCGACGACAGCACCACACCGAAUGUUGUCGCAAUUGUGACGGCCGAGUUUUACAAGUAUACCGACCUGCUGAACCGAAUGAAAGCCUCGCUGUCGGCAGACCCCGUCGAAUCCAUGCACUCUUUCGACUCUCGAAAGUCGUCAUCACCAUCCGACACUUCCAUCGGGGUUGAGCCCACCGUGUCUCCACCACUCGACAAAGCCGCAUUGGAACCAGAGCUCAGUACCGAAAGAGUCGGAAGCGCCGCCGCAUCAGAUGGUGUUGAGUCACAAUCGCCAUCGCCUCUCUCAAGCCGGACCUCGACCCCGAGUAAUGAGUCGAUGUCAAAAGAACGAGACUCGAGUGCGUCCAGCUCCAUGACUUCAUUCACACCCAUGGUUGAGUCGCAGGACGGCAUUACGCCGAAGCUGUUCCUCAUACCAAACAGUGCGCACCUCUCGCAGUCGGACUUUGGUGUCCUGUUCCCCCGACUGACGCGGUACCUGAUGAAUGCCCAAGAGCCAGAGGAGACACUGAACCUGAACGUACGAGCAGUAUUGGCCGUGAUGAGAGGUGCCGGUCUAGAUACCGCUGCCUAUCGCUCCGGGGAAGAUAGCAAUACUGAAAUCGACACCAUUCUGACACACCGGUGUACCGAGAAGAGAUUCGUUCCUGUACCACUUACUUCAUGA